AUGUUCAUCGCGAGACGAAAUUUGCAAGAUAAACCAAGCUGCCCAGCCAAGAUGGCGGACUUAGAGGCGGUUUUGGCUGAUGUUUCCUACCUAAUGGCGAUGGAAAAAUCGAAAUCCACGCCAGCGGCUCGUGCAAGCAAGAAAAUCAUCCUACCUGAUCCAUCGUACGUAGAUUAUUGCGAUCGCUUUUAAUUUAUAUCUCUUGGAUUGAGUUUGUUAACCACAGGAUUUAGUUUUGUUCCAUCGAGAGCUUUGUUGCUUUAUAUUUCCAGUGUUUACCAUGUAAUGCACAAGUAUUUGAGCGAGAGGGGAGAGGUACAGUUCGACAAAAUAUUCGACCAAAGGAUAGGUAAGUGGUUUGGUACCAAAACAUAAUGUAUCGUUCAGAUGCACAGUGUUUUUCUACGCGCAUUCUCGAAGGAGCAGAACGUUCGAUGUCGACGAACACAGCACUUCAAUUCAUUUAGAAUAUUUUUGGUUUCCCCCUAUGUAUCAUGACCUUGUUUUAUUCUUAUGAUCAAGGAUACCUGGUUUUCAAAGAAUUCUGCGAAACUCAGUGCGAUGAACCAGUUCCUCAACUAGCUUUUUAUGAAGAUGUGAGUAACCAAGUUUUAUACCUUACAUCAAUUUAUUUAUUUACCUGUAUAUUUUCCAAGCUCAGCACAGGAAGCUAAUAGGCAGCCGUAAAUUUAGUAGAAUAUUUCUCGAGUGGGCGGAUGCUGGUUGUAUAAGUUUAUUAGAAAGGGAAGAGUCUGAUCAAAUUCAGCCCUGAAUUUCUCCGGAUAAUCUGGCUGGACUGUGUUCAAAUUAACGAUAAUAAUCCACGACCGAUUUCUACAAUUCGGGAGUGUUUUGAAGAGAUAUACAAGCGAUCUGUGAAUACAGGUCGGAUUUUGAACUAUGUAGCUCCUCUUCCCAUUGGCGAGUUCUGAACAUCAGCACUAUCUUGCACGAGAGAAUAUGCAGUAUUUGUUGUUUUGAAAGGCUUGUGUUCACUUAACGUCGAAAGGAAGUGUAGAUUGGCGUGGUAUUGUAAGGGGCACCUAAGAUUUAUCCACGCGGACCACAGACUAUACAAACAUUCUUCCUGCUUGUACUUUGGUACUUUAUUCACCGCGCAAGAUUUUGCAAUAAAUAAUGCAAACGCAGAUUUUCCUCUGAGAGUGGGAACUUCAACUGUUGUUCGCCUUAGACUUAUCCUUUAUACCAUUUGUUUUGUUACCUCGGUUGUGACCAGUUAUAUGUCAUGUCGCGAGGAAAUCACCGGUAAAAUUAUCGCUCGAAUGGCAACAUUUACCACAAACGAGGGGGCUUAAAUUUUACGAUCUGUAAUUAGAGUAGUGUUGCAAUCGGGGAAGAUAUACAAUUCCUAAAAUCGUAGUAACAUCGAAUUGAAUUUAAACUUGUUUUGCUUUUCUGAGUAAAUAGCUUUGACAUCGACACCUAACACGUUUGGCUCAAUUGUUGCAUAUUGAAACUCGACUCUCGGUAUCAUCUUUUGACAAAAGACCGUUACAAUCGUUUUCUACUCGCAAUUCGAAUGAGAGAUCAAAGCAAUGUUAGAUGAUGGAUCGUGCGUCGAUUCAAAAUUAGCACACCUCUCCAUUUACUUGCUUGAAUUUAUUCAUGUAAACACCAUACUGCUGGAAAAUCAUCAAUCGACUGCAGUCUUAUUUUUGUUAUGGUCAUGGGUGCGAAUGGGUUUUUUUCCUCUUUCGUGGUGAUCAUACAUAAUUUUUACGGUUUUUUUUCGUACCUUGUGUCGAAAUAUAGGAAACAGAGAAAAAAAGUUUUUGAGAAAAAUUAUGUCUUUGUUGCGAUUCCCUGUCGUGCUGGCCAUCGCAUGAUUCAAGAUAAAUAUGGAAUAUCUUCCACGGAGUCGCGGCAUAAAAUACUGUAGUACAAUUAUAUUGAUAGUAGUUUAACUCAUGUAGUUUAGGGAGAUCACCCUUAAAUAUUGAUCUAACAAGGCCCCAUGAAAUUUCAUGAUUUUGGUUAGAUACUUUCAUCGAAAUUUUGAACCAUCAAAGUCAGGCUUUCUUUAGUGAAUUAUUUAUGAAUGUAUGGCACACAGUGGUCUUGAAUUAGAAUUAGAUGUCUCGCAUUUAGAUGCAGUUGAAAUUUUUCUCCUCGUACUGUAAAGAUAGAUGGAUGGAAUACCUCUUUGGUUAAAUUCAUUAACAAAAGUGACACUUGCAAUUUUGACAAUAGGUUUUUUUUUACCAAAAUUUCUUAGUUAUUUUCUAAUAGUUUGUAAAUUCAGUAUUGUGAAAUUUUGCUUUGAAAAAGAUUUAAUGCAGGAGGUAUUGAAAAUAUGUUCAUGUAUUUUAUGUUGCUUGGUUAUUUGAAGUGCAUGUCAUUUGGUACUUUUCUUGUAAUUUCAAAGUGUUUUUGUUUACCCCUGGUUUAAAACUCUUCUCAAACAGGUGAUCAAGUUUUAUUAAAUUUUUUCUUUCGUGAGCAUGUUUUGUAGACAACAUUGGUUAAAAUUUCACACUUUUAUCAUGCUUGGUGUAAAAUUAAGAUUGUGAAAGCUGAUUUGCCCAUUAACUUUUAGAGCCAACUGUAAUCUUAGAUAUUAUUCAUGAUAUUAAAAUUGGCACAAUUUGUCAUAAUGCAAGUCAAGUUUUUCAAAAUUAUUCAAUCAGGUGCAGAUAAACUAUUUGCAUAUGUUCUGAAUAAAUGAGGGCUGCCUGAAUAUUGAACCAGCCUUGUUUGAUUAAGGCUAAUGCAAUUGUACUUCAUUUUAGAAAAGCCUAUCUGUUUGUCCUCAGCACUUUUUGAUCUUUAACAUCUACCCUUUUUUUAAUCAGGAAUCAUACAGUUACCUUUUGCCAACUGGCUUAAUUAUCAUGUAUUCCCUAUGAAAUUUGACAUUUGAUCAUCGUAAGAAUCCUUGUUUUGUAAAAUCACCGACACAGUGACAUUACAACAAUAAAUUUGAGACUGCAACAAUAUUAUGCUGAACAAAAUGUCAUUGAGAGCUUUGAACUGGUUUUGAGAAACAGUAGCAGAUUGUCAUCAUCAAGUGUUAAUUAUAAAUGACACUCUUUGAUUAAAUGUUUAGUCUUGAACCAAGAUGAGAUGUCUAUCCCCUCAGAAAUAACCAGAUGUUAAUCCAAACAAAAUGUCCACAACAUGCAAAGAAAUACUUGCAUGUAAGAAAUACUUUUCUUAGAAUAAGCAGUCUGCCUAUGAUUCUUAAGUGCACUAGUUGAGUAUCAAAAUUGCUCAGUGCUAUAUAUUUGCUGUAGCUGGCCUUGCAAAAUAAAAACACUGGCCUGAAGAAAGGUACAUUGUUCAGCAACAUGCAUGAUGUUUUUCACCUUUUUAUUCACAUCUGUUUUUCCAACCUCUUCUCUUGGUCAAGUUUUCUUUUUGUGUUCCUAUAAACAAGAUGACUACAAAAUUUAUUUGCUUUAUUCAGCUACAGUAGCAGUUGAUGAUUUUGGUUGUACAUGUGCAUUAGAAAUGCUGCAGAAAUGUUUUCCUUAAUAUUUAUAACUAUGAUAUUCCUCUGGUUCACUGCCUUUGUCGAGGUUACAGUGCAAGUAGUUUUCUUGCUUGUUAAGAUUAACAUUUUGUGAUCUUUUUGCUCUAACUCUCUCUCGCUCUUCUCAGUCAAUUAAUUCAUCUUGGAUCGGAGAUGUUGUUUGAUGAUGAUUGUUGAACCUUUUAGCUUUAUGAUGAGUUAAAUGGAUUUAAUGAAGUAGUCUGUGGUUGAUUUAACCAAACAGAUAAGGUAGUAGUAAUAACCUUAUGGUUUGGUGCAAUGGGCUCAGAGUGGAAAGGUCUAGCACUGGUGUAACCGGUCAUUUUAUGUUUUGGGUAGGUUACCAAGCUUGCACACUCCCUCACUAUGUUUGGGAAAAUGAUAUAAUAUAUAAUGCAAGGGGGGGGGGGCUAGCAUCCUAAUAAAAGUGUUGCUUUGAGUCAUACAAUAGAAUUUGUAGAGCUAAUGGGCAGCCAAUGCAUUAACGACAUGUAGCCAACAUUCUUUGUAAAAUAGAGAAUUUGCAUUUUAGUCAGCAUUCCUGAAAUAGCUUGAGGAAAAGUUCCUCUAUGCAUAUGCUGCUACAUUUUUGGAGACAGCUGCAUUGUACACCAUUUGUGCAACAGUGAAGUUCCUUUCCGUACACUGUACUUUGAGACAAUUUUCAAUGGCUGGAGCAGAGAAUUAUGAGCUUGUGCUGAUGAUCCUUGAAUAAAAUUUAACAAUAAUAUUCUAUGUUGUCUAGUGUCUGUCCAGUAAUAGAUCACAGAAAACAUCAUGAAGUGGAAAGAACAUUUAUCAAGUUUUUGUUCCUACUACAUUUCGAUGUCAUCAAAUUAAUUAGAGUUAUAAACAACUGAUUUUCUAGUGCAUCAGGUUAAUUUAUUUAACAACCUCACACCAAGUGAAGUUGACAUACAGCUUUAGGUUGAUUAGGGAGCCUGAAUCCUAUACUUGAGUAUAAUCUUUCGUUCUGUUUUAUUUCAUUUGUUAAUACUAUUCAAAUCAUUUAUGGGGUACAAUUGAGUUAAAAAAAUAACUGGAAUAAAAAAAGCUUAAGAUAUUUGUAUUCAAUACUUAAGAAACGUAAUACCUUUGAGAAACUUAACAUGGUGUAUGAUUUGUACAUCAUAAAAACACCCCAAAGUUAGGUGGUAAAUGGAAAUGGGAAAGUGGUAGAAACCCAAAAAAAAAUUAAACUUCUCUGACUCAAUGCAGAUUAGAGAGUAUGAAAAACUCCAAUUCCAAGAGGACAGACUGAAGAUGGCUCGAGAAAUAUUUGACAAGUACAUAAUGAUUGAGCUCCUUGCCUGUUCUCAUGUAAGUAUUUUUACACCACCCAGAUUAAGCAGUUUUACUGUACAUAACAUGUUCUUGUAUGUAUUACAAACAAUAACAGUUAGGGUACCAUUGUUGUUGUCAUUUUAUCAUUUCAUUAUAUUUUCAUUAUCAUUAUUGAUACUGUUAUCACUAUCACACCUUUUUUUUUUUGCUUAAGGGCAUGGUAAUCAUCCUUCUUUGUUGGAAAAAAAUGUCAGAAUAAUAGUGAAGAACAUGUUUUAAAUAUAUUUUUUUGCAGUCUUUCUCUACAAGUGCUCUGGACCAAGUGCAGAGUUCAAUAACAAAAAAAGAACUUCCAUCUACGCUGUUUGAGGUAAGACUGUGUACACUGUACUAUAUCCUCAUAAUUGAUUAGUUAUUAUUGUCUCUAUUGCUCUCCUCUUAAGUUAAAAUGCAAUUAUUGGUGAUGUAAUAUGUUACUUUAUUUUCUCCAGCCAUACAUGUUGGAAAUCAGAAACAGCUUAAGAGGGUCAAUCUUCCAGAAGUUCUUGAAAAGGUAAGUCCUCCAUAAACUUCAUCUUUAGGAGCAAAUAUCAUGGCUGUUAUGUUGUGUUGGCUAAUACCUCUCUUUUCUCAUUACUUGCUAUCUUUGAUUCAGUAAUUCUUUAAUUCUUUGUUAACAGCGAUAGAUAUGUCAGAUUUUGUCAGUGGAAAAAUGUGGAGCUUAAUAUUAACGUGAGUAUAUAUCUAAAGUACAGUGUACUUUGAGGGAUUUUAAUGAUAUUAUUUUAAGCAGGGGCCUCGUAGUGAGCAAUUCUUCUUUCUCUUCACAGCUAACCAUGAAUGACUUUAGUGUACAUAGAAUUAUUGGUCGUGGUGGGUUUGGAGAGGUUUAUGGAUGCCGAAAAGCUGACACUGGAAAAAUGUAAGAGUGAACUAUGUAAUUUUGUGUGUGGAGUUUUCCAUUUCAAAAAGACAUUUGUCAAAUUUGAUUCUUUAAAAUGAACUGGUCAUGAUAAGUUGGAAAGACUAAGUAUGAAAAUAUUUUUAAUAUUCUCUCUGUGAUAGGUAUGCCAUGAAAUGCCUUGACAAGAAGAGAAUCAAACUGAAACAGGGAGAAACAUUGGCACUGAAUGAAAGAAUUAUGUUGUCCAUGGUGAGUAGAGCUUCUGUUUUUUCUACAUGUGAAAAGCAAUUAUUAAAAAAUUAAAACUUAAGUUGAAAUGACUGUUUUUUGUUCUUAUGAACUACUUUACAGGUGAAUAAUCCAUUCAUUGUGUGUAUGACAUAUGCCUUCCAAACUCCAGACAAACUUUGUUUUGUUUUGGACUUAAUGAAUGGUAGGUAAAGAUGAGUUAUAUUGAUAUUUCAAAUAGUAAUUAGCAUUUUCGUUUUGAGUUUACUGUUGAGUGCAUCUAACCAUGAGUGCUAACAAUUCAUUCAAACAAUUAACUUCCAGUAUUGACGUAUGAGUUAUUUCUUCGAAAAUCAUCUGUACAAUAUUAACUAGAAAAGUGAUGAGAAGAUACAAUUGUAUAAACAAGGGGUUACUGUUUGAUUUAACACCCAAUACUGACAGCCAAGGCUAUGCCAAAUGUAUUGAGUACAAUGAUGAUGUUGAUGUUGAUAUCUUUGGUGUAAAAGGGUCAAAAUGAUUAGGUCAAUUUUAAAAGAUAUGCAAGACACCUUAAAAGUAUUAUGUAAAGACAGUGCUUACUUUGUACCAAUUGACUUUGGCCCAUCUUCUAGGUGGUGAUUUGCAUUAUCAUUUGUCCCAACAUGGUGUCUUCAGUGAAGAUGAUGUAAGUUAAUGAAGCAAUUGGUAAAAGCUAAUCAGUGAAAUUAGCUUUUAAAGUAGAUUAUUUCAGGGUUCAUUUGCUUGAAUGAACUGAGGAAGCUGUUUGUUUUUCACAGAAAUUAAUGUAUGAAUCAGAAAUGUUGCUUAACUUGCGCUUACAGUUUUUUCCCUACUUGUUUUAUUUCAGGUACGAUUCUAUGCUUCAGAAAUAAUUCUGGGAUUGGAGCAUAUGCACGAUAGAAAAAUUUGCUAUAGAGAUUUAAAGGUAACAGGCGCUGAAAAAUGCAUUUGAUAAACUAUGUUGUUCCCUAGUUGUAUAUUUUGGAACAGCGGAGAAUUCUUUCAAUCAUUUAUUUUAGCCAACAGCGACAGAGAGGGAGAAAAAACAUCGUAGCGUUUGUAGAUUCGCAGUGCGAGUUGAUGAAUUUCUUACGAAGCAGCUCAGAAAAUUCUGUGCUAUUUGAAGCAACAAAAUUGCAAUCACGGUGUAUGAAAUGAAGACAUUUCAAGGCACUUACAUGUGCACAAGUGGGCUUCAGUCGUGUUUCGUUCGUUAAUUCGAGCAUUCCUUCAUUAAUCAAGAAUUUUAGUUUCAUUCUCCAUUGUCUUUUCCUUCAAAAGUAUUUUCGCAAAUUUGAUGUGUUUGCUUUUGAUGGCAUACAGGCAACCACGUGACCAAUUUACAGUAGUCAUUGGAAACAUUGGCGGGAAAAUCUUUCGCGGUCAGCAAACUCUUUCCCAGGCUUCCUCUUUUUGCGACAGGGUGUCUAAUGCCUGGGAGAAAUCUGUUUUGUACGUCGUCCCAUAUUGAUAUUCUUUGUCCUCGCUUUUUUGAUUAAAGAUUUGAUCUAAUCAGUUACCUUGAUCAAUAUUUCAGCCCGCAAAUAUUCUGCUAGACGAACAUGGUCACGUGAGAAUAUCAGAUCUUGGCCUUGCCUGUGAUUUCUCAAAGAAGAAGCCACAUGCCAGUGUGUAAGUGAUCUGCAAAUUUAUAGUCCGCGAAAGGUUGGAUGCCUUUUGUGGUAGAUCUUCGUUCUUGGGUGUUAGCUUUCAGAAACUGUUAUCUUGAAUUUCUUGUUAAUUGAGAGUCGAAAGUAAACUAGGAAAGCGUUGGAUUCGCUUCCCUUUGCUUUGUAACUCGGGUUACCUUCCCAAUCACUCACACUUGAAGCUGAACCAAGUCUAGUUUCUUUGAUCGUGUUUCCCAUGCUUAGGCAAUGUGCUUGUGUUUACUUUGAAUUCCCAUUAGCCAUUCUUGAUUUUUCUCUCUCCUUUCUUUUGGUCUCUAGGGGAACCCACGGCUACAUGGCGCCUGAAGUUUUAAAGAAGGGUGAAGCAUACGACUCUUGUGCCGACUGGUUUUCUCUCGGCUGUAUGCUUUUCAAAUUGCUUGUUGGGUAGGUACAUCGUUAAAUUGCAUGUGGUUGUAUUUGGUUGAAAUUCGUGUUUCAUGGCUGCAUGUCGGCGUUCGCUUGCGUAGUGUGUACUGAUUGUGAGAAAGUUUCCAGCGGCAGAGGAGCGGAAACAAGCUGUAAGAUGAAAGUGAAAAUAGCCCGUCAUCUCUCAAGUUUGCACCUCCCUUAUUUUUGCCAUGUGCAAGACCACCUGCUACGCUUGCUGCGUCUGCGCUAGGUUAAGUUCAGGAACGAAAAAGCAGUGGCAAAUUUAGAGGACUGGUGUUGGGACUCCCUCUUUCGUUUUUAAAGCAAGACAGGGAGCUGGGUAACCGAGAUACUAAAUUCAACAAAUGACUAUGAACAAAUGACUAUCAAGAUCGACCUUGUCCCCUUCCCGAGACGUAAUGAACCGCCUCGCAACCCAUAUUUCUUUCUUUACAUGUCAUCACGAAAAAAUUUUGGGUGAUUUAACUUUUAUGCUACUCCUCACAAAGAAUAUGCUGUUGUAAUUUGUUUAAAACACUAAUACCUUUUUGCCAUCGGUUUGCAGGCAUAGUCCAUUCAGACAGCACAAAACGAAAGACAAGCACGAGAUCGAUAGAUUAACGUUAACUUACGUAAGUAUGAUUGAAAACGGAGUCUUCUUAUUAAGGGAGACUUUGAUGCCUCUUGGAAAUUGUAAGAGGCUUCUAAAGACGUUCGUGUAUGGCUAGGCUAACAUCAUCAUAAUCCGUCUUGUAGGACGUAGAAUAUCCAGAAACGUUUUCUGAAGAAAUGAAGUCACUACUCGCCGGUCUCCUCAACAGAGAUGUCCCCAGCAGACUUGGGUGCAGAGGCUCAGGGUAAGUUUGCCUUUUGGUUUUUUUACUCUUUUGAGUCUAAGAAACCGAUAUCGCUCAAUCUUCGAAAAAGCAUUAAACGAGUGUUAAGGAGUAAGAAAAAUUUGGUCCCUCGAAAACCGAAAAACCCCAAAAAGGGAACGACACUAAAAAACUAAAUGGAAAAUGAAAAUUGCUUUUUCUUCCAUAGGGCUACAGAAGUGAGACAACACGAGUUUUUCAAAAGUAAUGAUUGGAAAUUAGUUGAACUCUUAAAGGUAAGAGGCCUUGUCUCGAACACAAAUACUUGGUGUACGCUUGCGCGCACGAACUGUCAACGGUUACUCCGCGUAAUAUUCUUUGAAUACGGUUACUAAUGAAGAUACAAAUUGAUGUUUGUGAGCAGUGGUAGUUUGAGGAAACGUUUACAAUUUGUUUGUUGUAAGUUAUUGAUAAAAGCCGUUGCAUGUUAUCUUAAAAAAAUGGACGCUCUUGAGCUCUUUGAAAUGCACUUCUUGAUGCUGAAAUCUUCCUUUUUGUUCUUGAUCAUACGGGGUACUUCUAAUCGUUGCUAAGUUUCGUGGAUAAUCUCCAAUUUUCGAUUGAUGAAACUGUCUCAAUGGUGUUAUAUGUGCCGAUUGAUCAUUUUACUGGUCUAGUCUUUCAGAAGUUGAAAUAAGGUUACACUUUUAUUAUACGCCUUGUCCAUGGUUUUUGAAAAUUUAAAGGCUGCAAUGCCCAGAUCGCUGAGGUAAAUACAUGAUGACAGAUUUUAUUGAUCGUUGUUUAUCUUCUUUGUUUAUUUGUUUGUUUACUCGUCUGUGCAGUAUCCACCGCCACUUGUGCCUCCAAGAGGCGAAGUGAAUGCCGCUGACGCAUUUGAUAUCGGCUCAUUCGAUGAAGAUGACGUCAAAGGGAUUAAGGUAAGCACAGUGUAUAGUAAAGCAGCAUGUGCCUUCGAGAUCACGAGCUUUGCAGGCUAUGUGCACAAGGACUAAAUGGAGGAAUGCUUACGGGUCUACUUGAUUACUGGUCUAAUUUUUUUUGUUUCUUAUUCUUUGUUUUAACCAUGUCCAAUACUUUAAGAUGAAAACUCGAUUCAGACACCCGUAAAUGACAAAUGUAUUUAGCAAUACCUUUCCAUUUUGGCCAAGUAAUUGGGUAAUCCGUUCAAAUAAAAGUAAUCCUAACCAAAGAAAAUAUCUCCAAUUUUGAGAUUGUUUUUAAUGUAACAGGUUAAUUUAUAAACAUUGAUUUUUAGAUGACAGAUCAAGAUCAAGAGAUUUAUAAAGACUUUAACUUAACCGUGUCAGAGAGAUGGCAGCAAGAAAUAGCCGGUAAGGGAAGUCAUAUGCAACAAUGUUCGGAGAAAUUGCAUUUUGACUUCUACCUAUGGCUAAUCCUGGAAAAAGCCUCUUGAUGUAACGAUCAAGCUAUUGGGUCAUCGUCUAUACGAUAGAGAAUGCACUUGCCCCUAAUAAAAUAGAAUUUGGUUCUAUCAAAUGAGUUGAUAAUGUAAAUUGGUUACUGUAAAGAGUUUCCAAAGCGGAGUUUUCUAAACCAAAUCAUCUUGGAGUACCCCCUCCCCCCACCACCGAGGCAGUACCACAGAAAGCUUACCUCCAUUAUUCCCAGUGAAGUCGUCACAAACGAUGCAGAUUUGAAAAAAGAACCAAAGUACAUAUGCGAUUUGUUUCUGUAAUAGUUCGUUGUUAAGCGUCUUGUUUUCUCGUGAUAUCUCCAGUUUGAUAUGCAUGUGCUUGUGGUGUUUUGUGUGCUUAUUACUUGGGGCUUUGUUUUUUUAACCUUUAUCGUGUAUUUGUAGAAACUGUAUUCAAAGUUGUCAACGAAGAACACGAUAAGUUAGAAGCCAAAAAGAAAGCGAAACAUCAAAAUUCCAUAACGGGUGAGUGAAAGUAUUCGGAUAAGUGUCAGCAGCACUAAAGGAACACCGGGCCAAAGGUCCGUUACUUUUCUAAGCUCGAAAAAUACCGACCUCACAAAUUUCUUGAAUGGAGGCUUUAAAUUGCCUUCUGGUGGUACAAUGUUCUGUAAGUAAAUCUCAACUUACUUUCUUAGUGAUACGUAUGUUGAUUUUCCUGCUAUCAGUCAAUAUUCAUCAAGCAAUCUCCAGCUUAUUUUCGAAGGUAAUCCCAUAUUGCAUCGGUUUUUCCUCAUAUAUAUAUACGAUUGGUCUUGGAAACUCGGAUAAACUUUUCAACCAAUCAGAUGCAAAACCAACCCAAUUGCCAGUCGUUAAGUUGGAUAUUCCUGGCCCGCUUGAGGCCCUGAGAAUGCACGUGUUCUUUGUCGUACGGCACUCGGAAAGCGCUCAAUUCUCAUUAAAAUCCGUUCAUUGUUAUAGUAGCAGAGGAUGGAGACCGUUUGUUGGAAGGCUACCUUUACAAGUUGGGAGGCACACUCAUGAGUAAUUGGCCAAGAAAGUACUUUCAUCUCUUCCCCAAUCGACUGGAGUGGCGAGGCGAGCAAGCUGGGGUAAGCGAGAGUAUUUUUUGCAAUUUGAUUCACCAGGAAAUGUAACGAGUUUCAGAGGGCACAUCGCUUGGUCUUACCAUUUAAUCAAAUCAAGUGGGGGCAUCUUUUAAAUUAUUGUUUCAAAGGGUUUUGGAAAUUUUUCGUCAGUCGGUAUCAAAGAUUUCUUCCCUUGAAUGAAGCUCAAAAUGUGCUGCCCGGCUGACCAAAAGCCCUUUCCUUUCCCUCGUUUUUGGUACGUUUGGUUUGCACGAGCUGCCGAGACUCAGAUGCUCUUCAUUACUUAGUCUUACGUUGAUAGAAAUUUCUUCGAGGUUAUUGGUGUUAAUGGUGUUCUUCCUUUGUGCAGCAAAUGCCGAGUCUUUUGUGUAUGGAGAAUAUAACAGGAGUGGAAGAGACGCACGUCAAAGGUUUUAAAUGCAUAAAAAUCAGCACUAACAUCCGGGAUAACAGGGACCAUAUUCUCAGAGCAGAGGUGAGUCGAGGCGCAGCUUCUGUAGUGCAGCUCAUUAUUGUGCUGUCAGUUAACUGGUACCUCAGUAACUACUAUAUGUUUCGGGCUCUGAAAGUUGUGUUACGUGCACAUGUCGUAUUAAUUGAAAUUUAGUCAAUUUUUGUAAAUAGAGUAAAAGAGAUGGUAAGUUUGAGCCCGGUAAAGAAAUAAAAAAGGAUUUUUUUUCGUCUUGUCACGUCGUUGGACAAAGGAAAAAUUCUGAGUCCCCAUGAGGAAUCGAACCUCAGACCUUCGCUCGUGACAAGACGGAAAACAUCUCUAAGUCAAUCUUGUUGGUACCCUUUCCCUUCUGGUAACCGUUGUUACUUAAUGAAAUUAAAAAUUCAUUCAAAAAUGUUUCGUCUUUCAGACCGAGACUGAAUUUCAAGAAUGGAUGAAGGAGAUCAAACAGUCAUUCCAGCAAGCGCAAGUCAUGAUGCGCGCAGGCGCCAAAAUUAUGAGCUCUGGUCAUCGCUACAUCACGCAAUACAGCAAAGAAGAAAACGGCCCUGUGUCGCCGUGAACUGCCCAUUCUCACGCAAAUCACUCGAACUUGUAUAUACACAGAUACAGAGAAGUCAAACUUGAUCAAGCCUUUAAUGCUACACACGGUAAAACGUGACGCAGUAGAUAGGCUUUGUAAUGAUCGGUGCAACAGUUGUCCAUUGUGUACAUGGCCUGUCUGCGAGUCAGGAGCGCUAAGCGUGUAUGAUACGCAGAUUGCGCAGUACAGUAGGGGACUGGGAAGAGAAUUGUUUGGGAUCAUUAAGAAUCGAGUAUAGAAGAUUUUAUUAGUAGUUUUAGAUCUGUUAUAAAGCUGCCCACGAAGUUGCAAAUUAUUCAUCAGUCAUUUUAUUCAUUUUACUUUCGUCUUUAUCGAUUCUGUCAAGUACCGACAGCAUACGAGACCCCUUCGUGCAGCGACAACUAGAAAGAAAAUUAUGAUGUCCAUAGGUUUAUUAUGAAAUUUCUUCAACUUUUUCACUUGUACAAAUUCGAAAGUAAUAAUUAACUUAAAACAUUAACGGAUUUCUGCCAGCUUCAUCUCUGAAUGUAGAUGUGUUGUAGAUGGCUUUUCGCUGAAGGAGAGUGAUGCAAUUAGACGUAAUAAUGCUAUAUACAAAACAGAACUUUGGAACAUUUACAUCGAACUGACACAGCGGCAAAUUUUCAACCAUAUCAACGUGAUCGGACGGAAAAAGGGUAAUGUUUCUUGUCGACGCUGUAUGUAUUUAUUUGCAAGACAAUAUAAUUGUAGCGCUGUCUAAAGAUGGCCCUGAAAGUUUGUCUUCGCCCUUGUAUAUGAUUUGUAUUCUCGAGAAAGCUUCACAUAACUUCCACGAACUUUUUAGAUCGCUAGUACUUCUGUAGAGGUGAACUUAUAUCAAGGUUUCUUUUCAAUUAUUAGUCAGCCGGCAAAGUACCUCCGUGAUCAGUUGGAAAUUGGAAAUUAGUAUCUACCCUGGUCUAACCAAUUAAGCUGAGAG